CUUGUAGGCGGGGACGCGUGGAGGUGCGCUCUAAGCGUGUUAUCUUCGUUGUCUUCUCCAAGCGGUAGUUCUACGUCGCGACCACCCUAUCCUCCACUCUUCAGCGAUCACGCAGGCACUCUCCCGGUCCGCAGUAUAUCAUAAUUGAAGAAAAAUGAUGGAAGAGAGUGGAAUAGAGACAACACCACCUGGGACUCCUCCACCGAAUCCUGCAGGACUGGCUGCUACUGCUAUGUCUUCCACCCCUGUUCCAUUAGCAGCAACCAGUUCUUUUUCUUCUCCAAACAUAUCCUCCAUGGAGUCCUUGCCGCCACUCGCAUACUCUACUCCUCAGCCGCCCCUUCCUCCCGUGCGUCCUUCAGCGCCCUUACCUUUUGUGCCUCCUCCUGCAGUUCCUUCUGUCCCACCACUUGUUACCUCUAUGCCACCUCCUGUUCCUCUAUCAACUGCUGCUGCCUUCAGUAAUCCUGUGUCUCACUUCCCACCUUCAACUUCUGCCCCAAACACUCUUUUACCUGCACCUCCUUCGGGUCCUCCUAUAUCAGGAUUUUCUGUUGGUUCAACUUAUGACAUCACAAGGGGACAUGCAGGGAGAGCUCCCCAGACACCCCUGAUGCCAUCAUUUUCUGCACCUUCAGGAACAGGUCUUUUGCCAACUCCUAUUACUCAGCAAGCCAGUUUGACAUCUCUGGCCCAGGGAACUGGAACCACAUCAGCCAUUACUUUCCCAGAGGAACAAGAAGACCCUAGAAUUAACAGAGGUCAGGAUGAAGCAUCUGCUGGUGGAAUCUGGGGUUUUAUUAAGGGUGUGGCUGGGAAUCCUAUGGUGAAGUCGGUGCUUGAUAAGACAAAACAUUCAGUAGAAAGCAUGAUUACAACGCUGGACCCUGGCAUGGCUCCCUAUAUCAAAUCUGGAGGAGAAUUGGAUAUUGUAGUUACCUCAAAUAAAGAAGUAAAAGUUGCUGCUGUCCGAGAUGCCUUCCAGGAGGUCUUUGGCUUAGCUGUGGUUGUAGGGGAAGCUGGACAGUCCAAUAUUGCCCCACAACCAGUGGGCUAUGCAGCUGGAUUAAAAGGUGCCCAGGAACGGAUAGAUAGCUUGCGUCGAACUGGAGUGAUCCAUGAAAAACAGACAGCUGUGUCAGUAGAGAACUUCAUUGCAGAAUUGCUGCCUGACAAAUGGUUCGACAUUGGUUGUUUGGUGGUUGAAGAUCCCGUCCAUGGCAUUCAUCUAGAAACAUUUACACAAGCCACACCAGUGCCUUUGGAAUUUGUACAGCAGGCUCAAAGUCUAACUCCCCCAGACUACAAUCUGAGGUGGUCAGGCCUUUUGGUGACAGUGGGUGAAGUCCUGGAAAAGAGUUUACUGAAUGUCAGCCGGACUGAUUGGCACAUGGCAUUUACAGGCAUGUCUCGUCGACAGAUGAUCUACAGUGCAGCCAGAGCAAUAGCAGGCAUGUAUAAACAGCGUCUACCACCCAGGACAGUGUGAGAGGAGACUCACCUGGGAGACUGAGAUUUUCCCCCACUUUUAGCUUGAUGUUAAAGAAGUGGUUAUCGCUUCUUAAAUUGAAUAGCUUAAAUGAAUCCAGUAGUUUUUAUCAUUUUCCUGUAGACAAAAAGAAACAAAUCCUUUUUAUAAUCCUUUCACCUAUCAUAGUUCUCAAAAAAGAAAAUAUACAAAUAUAUUUACAGCAUAAUUUAAUAUACCAAAUUUUUAAAGUGGAAAUUCAUGUGCAGAGACAUUCCAUGUUCUUAAUUAUUUUGUUCUUUAAAGAAGACAUUAUUAAAGAACAUGUUGAUUGAAUGUUUAUAAAAGCAUGAUUUCUUUUUGCUUCAUCUCUUUCCUGUCAGUCUUUGACGCCUUUUGUAUGCGCAUAUGAUCUCAGGGCUGAUGCUGAGCAGCCUGCUCAACAGUCACCAUAAAACACCUACUCGUAGGGAGCUGUUCCACAUUUCUGUGCAUGUUUUCAAUAAUAUGGGCCAAAAUAAUGGAAUUGAUCAUUUUCUUUUGCUGUCAUAAUGUACACAUAUAGUUUGGAAAAUUAUACUUUUUUUCAAUUUUAAACAUAACUUUUGGCAUUUGUCAGAUUUAUAUUAUGAACAUUGGGGUAAUACAUUUUAUUUUUUCAUUACUAUAUGACAGCUAAGGGGCAAAUGAUUCAAGUGUAUUUUAAAUCAAAAGUAUUCAAAUUAUUUUUGUAUAAUGCUAUUGAGUACUUCCAAGAGUAAACGCUGACAACAGCCAUUGUUUCUGCUUCCCCUCAUAUUCUCUAAACGUUGUAAUAGAGACAUUUUUGAGAGAGGAUUACUUUAUUGCUUAUGGGAUAGUAUGUCUUUUACUUUAAUUAAGGCUACUUAUUUGGUUUGCCUUAAGUGUUACUUUUCUAACUUGGUGCCAUUUUGCCUUUACUUUUUAUGGGUGUCUUCAAAGAAACUAUUUUAUAUUCAAUCUAGUUUAUUUAGUCUAUUGUGUUUCUAUUUAGUGGAAGCCUUUUUCCCCUCAAAUAAUAUAUUUUACCAUUUUUGGAAAUAAUUAAAUGUUUUUUUCUUAAUACUGUUGAACUCUGUAUAUACAAGUUCAAACAACUUUUUUGAAGAUAGUUUCUUACAUAAAUGUAAUUUAAUUUUUUUACUCUUCUAUACAGUUCUUUAGAUGUAAAAGAAUUAGCACAAUCUCUGGCAGUUUUAUAAAAGAUGUUGAAGCUCUUGUCCUGCACUGUCUUUACAUAUAAGGUUUGCUUUGUAUUAAUUCCACUUCACGUAAUUAUUUGGUUUCUGCUAUAUUUUUACUUGAGAUUAAGAAGAAUGAAUAUUAAAUUUGAAAAUAUAUACAUUACUUUCCAAGCACUGUAUAAAGGCUGUUCAGUGAAUAUCAGUCUUCGGUGUCAUUAAGUUAUGAGAGACAGAAGAGAGAGGUAAUAGGUUGCUUUGGUGCACUUUGCUCCAGGAGUAACAGGGAGAGAAUACUUUCUUUUUCCUCCUUUAAGAGUAAAAGAAGCCUUUCUCUACCAUUUACUUCUACACUUUAUUUUAAAAAGCUGUCCUUUUCUAUUAGUGUUUCAUCAUGGCAGUGGCAUGAUGACAGAAACAGUCUUUCCUUACAGACUGAAGGGAAGGAUGUCCUUAAAAUAGUUCUUGUACUUUCUCUCCUAUUGCAAGGAAAUGUUACAGAUCCUAAAAAUAUCUUAAUUUUUCUUUGAUUUUUAUUUUAAGUCACAAAUGUCUUUUUUAAUGUUUUGAGAAUUGUUCUCAUAGAAUCAUAAACACUGACAUUUCAUUAGAUGAUUAUUUUCCUAGAAUCUUCAAAUAGCAGUGGUAGUUAUUCCAUGGCUUGGUUGAAGCUAGAUAAUGUUCCUGCCCCUGCUGACCUGGCAAGCCUUCUGCUCUUUAGAACAGUGUGAGUGGGUGAGGAGGAUUAGAGACAGGCAGAUGGAAGAGAGAAACACAUGAACUGGUCUGGCCUCUCUGGUUCUUUUUUUGGCCCAGAGUUUUUGAAAAGCAGCAGAGCAUGACUGACUUCACAUGCUCAGCUUUCUCAGCCUUUUGUUUAUUUUGUUGUCCUUAGAUUUCCCUGUUAUAAAAGGGGCAAGAAAAGUAACUCAUUAUCUCUAACACACCAUGCCUGCUUAGCCAGGCAGUCUUAGUGGUGGUGUUUGGGCAUAAGAUAUGCUGAUCAUAUUCAGGCCACUAAUCAUCCAGCCUGAGUGUCUGUUCCCUUUCUGCCCAUUUCCUUGUAACUGUUGUGCUAGCCUUGGCAGAGGGGGGGUGCUAUUUGCUUUAGUUCUUCCUCUGUCUUAGGAAAACCCAUCUUUAAUACUUUACUACUGUUGAGGUGGUUUUGUGAUUUUUUUCUUCUGAAGAGCUCCUGGUUAUAUAUUUUAAUCCAAAUUGAAUUUUAUAAGCUUGUACACAUAUAUUUAAUUAGUGUGAAAGAAAACAAAGAAUGCAGGAAAAAUAAUUUAACAUCAACCUUAGUCGACAAGGUGCUCAGAUUAUUCAAUCCAGGAUCCUCCUUUUGUUAGUUUUUUGAGAUAACCCCAGACCUAAACUGUCACAGACCUCUGAAUGUUGAGGCAGUGCUAGAAGUUUCCUCUUCUGAGUCUGUUUAUUACUUUCCCAUUCUUUGUUCCUCUUUCUUUUGAAGAUUAAUGAAGUUGAAAAUUGAGGUGGAUAAAUAUAGACAAAAAGAUAGUAUGAUAGUAUAAGUAUCUAAGAAUACAGAUGAAAGUGUGUUAUAUACAUUCAUUCAAAAUUAUGCAAGAUAGUAAUUACUCAGGGUUAACUAAAUUACUUUAAUAUGCUAUUGCAUCUUCCCUGUUCCUUGGCUAGAAAAAAUUAUAAACAGGACUUUGUAAUUGGGAAGCCAAAUUGAUAAUACUCUAUGUUCUAAAAGUUGUUGGGCUAUACAUAAGUUAUUAAGAAAUAUGUAUUUUUAUUCCCAGGAUAUGAUGUUCAUUUUAUAAUAUUAGACAGGAUGAUGUAUUGGAUAAAAUCAGUUUUGUAAGUAUGUAAAUAUGUCAUAAAUAAAUAAUGCUUUGAUUUAUUU